AUGGUUCACUUCGAAGACCUCCGACAAACCGCUUUUCAGUCCGAGAAGGAGCUGAACUCUUACCAGGCCAAGCAGGGCCUUGGAAAGAAGAGUGACUCAGUCCUCGAAUCCGGCGUCGAUGAGUCAGUCCAGCAACGCUUUGCCGAUGCUGGUGCCGACGUCAAGUACGGACCUGGCUCAACUGCCUCCGGAAGCGACCACCGCAAGGUCACCGAGGAUGAGGGUGCUACUCGCGAUGACCGGGGCAGACUCCCUCAGGCAAGUCAUUUCAACGGACCCGGCGGUCCAGAGGAUAAAGUGAAGAUUGAGUCUGAGAACCGCGCUGGCGAUCAAGACACCCUCACCCUGCAGGACAUGAAGCGACGUGGUGUUGCCAACUAA